UCUCCCGGUGUAUAUAUCUGGUAUCAGUAGUGUUCGGUACCUUCGUCUGGUGCAAUGAAGAGGUCGGGCUUUGACAGCAGUAGCGGCAGCGGCGGCGGUGAGGGGUCGGGCUCCUUCAACCUCCGGAACCUGUCCAAGCUCAUCCUCCCGCCUCUCGGCGUGCCGGCCGGCGGCCAUGCCCAGCACCAUGGCGGCUCCAACGACAAGCGGGUCAUCUCUCCUCUCGACUCCAGAUACAGGUGCUGGGACACGUUCAUGGUGGUGCUGGUGGCGUACUCGGCGUGGGUGUACCCGUUCGAGGUGGCGUUCAUGAACGCCUCCCCGAAGGGCGGCCUCGAGGUGGCCGACAUCGUCGUCGACCUCUUCUUCGCCGUCGACAUCGUCCUCACCUUCUUCGUCGCCUACAUCGACUCCACGACGCAGCUCCUCGUCCGAGACAGGAGAAGGAUAACCAUGAGAUAUCUGUCGACGUUUUUCAUCAUGGACGUGGCGUCGACGAUCCCGUUCGAGGGCCUUGCCUACCUCGUCACCGGCGAGGUCAGGGAAAGCCCGGUGUUCAGCCUCCUUGGCAUCCUCCGGCUAUGGCGUCUCAGGAAGGUGAAGCAGUUCUUCACAAGGCUAGAGAAGGACAUCAGGUUCAACUACUUCUGGAUUCGCUGCGCACGGCUCAUCGCGGUGACGCUGUUCCUGGUGCACUGCGCGGGGUGCCUGUACUACCUGAUCGCGGACCGGUACCCGCAGAGGGAGAAGACGUGGAUCGGCGCGGUGAUCCCGGACUUCCAGGAGGCGAGCCUGUGGAUCCGCUACACCUCCUCCGUCUACUGGUCCAUCACCACCAUGACCACCGUCGGCUACGGCGACAUGCACGCCCAGAACACCGUCGAGAUGAUCUUCAACAUCUUCUACAUGCUCUUCAACCUCGGCCUCACCGCCUACCUCAUCGGCAACAUGACCAACCUCGUCGUCGAGGGCACCCGCCGCACCAUGGAGUUCAGGAACAGCAUUCGUGCUGCCUCGAGCUUCGUGGGCCGGAACCACCUGCCACCGAGGCUGAAGCAGCAGAUACUGGCCUACAUGUGCCUCAAAUUCAGAGCGGAGAGCCUGAACCAGCAGCAGCUCAUGGACCAGCUGCCCAAGUCCAUCUGCAAGGGCAUCUGCGAGUAUCUCUUCCUCCCCGUCGUCAAGGACGUCUACCUCUUCAAGGGAGUCUCAAGAGAAGUGCUCCUGCUCAUGGUUACCAAGAUGAAGCCGGAGUACAUACCGCCGAAAGAGGACGUGAUCGUGCAGAACGAGGCGCCGGACGACGUGUACAUCGUCGUGUCCGGCGAGGUGGAGGCGGUCUACUUCGACGGCGAGCGGGAGCAGGUGGUGGCGACGCUGGGGACGAGGGGCAUCUUCGGCGAGGUGAGCGCCCUGAGCGACCGGCCGCAGGGCCUCACGUUCCGGACGAGGACGCUGAGCCAGCUGCUGCGGCUGCGCCAGGCCACGCUCAGGGAGGGCAUGCAGAGCAAGCCCGAGGACAGCGUCGUCAUCAUCAAGAACUUCCUCAAGCAUCAGAUCGAGAUGCAUGACAUGAAGGUCGAGGACCUGCUCGGGGAGGACGCCGGAGAGUACGACCACGGCAACAUACCGUGCAACCUCCUGACGGUCGCCGCCACCGGGAACAGCAGCUUCCUUGAGGAUCUUCUCAAGGUCGGCAUGGACCCUGACGUCGGCGACUCCAAGGGAAGAACAGCACUGCACAUAGCGGCAUCGAAGGGGUACGAGGAGUGCGUGCUGGUUCUCCUCAAGCACGCGUGCAACGUAAACAUCAAAGACGCGCAGGGCAACACGGCGCUGUGGAACGCCAUCGCGGCGAGGCACCACAAGAUCUUCAACAUCCUGUACCACUUCGCGCGCGUCUCGAGCCCGCACGCCGCCGGCGACCUCCUCUGCCUCGCCGCGCGGCGGGGGGACGUCGACACGCUCCGGGAGCUCCUCAAGCACGGGCUCGCCGUCGACUCCGAGGACCACGACGGCGCCACCGCGCUCCGCGCCGCGCUGGCGGAGGGCCACGCCGACGCUGCCAGGUUCCUCGUCCUGAGCGGGGCCAGCGUCGACAAGGCCAACCUCGACGGCUCCGGCUCCGGCUCCUUCCCGCGACAGACGACUGUAUCGCCCGACGAGCUGCGGGAGCUCAUGCAGAAGCGCGAGCUCGCCCACGCGGUCUCCAUCGUCGACUCGACGUCGCCGGCCGCCGCGGCCGUCGUCCGGGAGAUUGGCUCGCCGGCGGACAGACGUAAAGCGCGGGCCCCGAGCACGAGAUCAGACGGCGAUCACUGCCCCAGGGUGAGCAUAUACAAGGGCCAUCCGUUCGUCAGGAACCCUAGCUCAGAAGCCGGCAAGCUGAUCAACCUGCCCGGCACCAUGGAAGCCUUCAAGGCCAUCAUUGAAGAGAAACUGAAGGUCGAUGCGAAGAAGACGCUGAUCAUGAACGACGAAGGAGCGGAGAUCGACUCCAUCGACGUGAUCCGGGACAACGACAAGCUGUUCAUAGUGACCGAAGAAGAAGAGCAUAUGAGGACAGUAGCAUUGGUGGGCUCGGUGUAUGGAUCAUAGAAUUCUUCAGUUCUUGCGGAUGCUAGAGUUUGACCAAUCAUCGAGUUAUCUAGAAGUGCCAAAGUGCAAAUUCGGGUGACUCAUGCUUCCUAGGCUUCAAAUAUAUUGCUAGUAGACUUUAGGUUUUUAGCUAGUCCCUUUUCUUUGAAAGAGAUUAAAACAGCAACAGUCGGUUACUCGGUUUGGUCAAGAAUCAUGUCAUGGCUUUUACAAGAAACAUGAAUAUAUGCAACAAUGGCGUGAUCAAUAUGAUGAUAUAUCUAUACUAAGGUUAGAAUUUUUUAAUCAAAAUUAUGAAAUUUUGGGUC